AUGUCUACAGUCGCAGGCGAGGAUCUAGGUAGCCUGAGACUCGAGGCCCAGAUGGACCUUCAAGAGGCGACGCGCCCUAGCGCCAGUGAGGCAGGUGGAUCAGAGGCUGCCAUUAACGACCAUCCGGCGCGGAGCGAGGGUUCUGAUUAUGGCGAUGGUAUUGAGAACGAAAAGUCCAUCAGUAGCAGUGUCUGGCAUUGGGAUCCGGAGCCAGGGUUCGCGGUGGUUGAUGGUGAUAUCGACGGACAUGGCUAUAAUAAGACCGACGUUGACAUUAUCGCUGUUCCCUGCGUUGGCGCUUCUCCCAUCGAAACAUGGGCUCGGGAUCCUCUCAAAGACGGCUACUUUGGCUUUCCGGAGUCGACGGAGUUGGACAAGUACCCGACGGUCAAGGAGUUGCCAGGAAGCAGUGUCCUAUCGCCCACUAUAAGUCCCAACCUGGGUAAAGCGAAUCAUCUAUGGAUACGGCAUGGCAUUCGAAAAGAAAUCAGCACGGCGAGGGUGAUGCUGUAUCGUCAUCGCGAACUAGCAGAGGGUAUGACGCUUGACUCGGCGGCCGACGACCUUUUGGAUCAACUGGUGAAGAUGCGCUCGGAUUUGACUAAAGCUCGUCCUCUCUUCUUCAUAUGUCAUAGUAUUGGUGGUUUAGUCGCGAAGUUGGCUUUGGUAAAAGCGAGCUUGGACCCUGACCUGAGACCUCUGGUUUAUGAUUGUCAUGGCAUAGCUUUCUUUGCCACGCCCCAUCGAGGGUCCAGUUACAUGUCGAUGCCUCACCUGCGAGAGAGUAUACAGCACUUAUUAUAUCUACAGAGGCCUCUACCUAGGUCCCUUGCACGCCAACUUAAACUAGGGAACAGAUCGCUGCUAGAGAUACACGACCAAUUCAUGGAUAUUUCUAGUGAGAUGCGUAUUUGGACUUUUUACGAAACCUUCGACUCGCAGCUAUCUGGAUUCGGCGGAUCCGAUUUCGACGAAGUUCAUUUCAGCGCCCCGUUAACCUCGAUCAAGUCAGGACUGGUGGGCAGCCGGGGUGAACAGGCGCUAUCCCUCGAAAGCGAUCAUGCUCACUGCGCUUCGUUCGGGCACUUGAAUAUCCGAACGAUGCAUUCAUUCUUGGCGGACUUGGGCACGGCGGCGCGAAAAGCGGAGGAAUUGACCGCAAAUUUCGUCCAUACGCCACUAAGACUCAGUGAGAAGGUAAAGCUCGAGUUGGUUGGUUUCUAUGAGGACCCUGAUAGCGAGGCUACGGGCCAUGACAUUAGGUUGUAUAUUUCCAAACACGUUCUGAAGGACUUCCUCGAAAAAGGACCAGAGAAGUGCUUACAGGAGCGAAUGAAUACUGUAGCAUCAAGGAGGCACCGAGGGUUAUUAUCUCCGUCGCGACGUCCGCUAUCAGGCCCAUCACCGGUAGUGAGUGCACUCGGGAUCCUGAGUGAUGUUGGCCAGAGGAUUCUAGGUAGUGUUCAGCCUAAUAUUUCACCGGAGAGCCCUGUGAACGAACAGGCUCGUGGUCAGUCACCUGAGAUUGUUGUUACAAGCCAUGCUUCUCGGCCGUCUAUUUCUGGCGCAUCAACGGAACCUGUUCCUAUGGUUGCGCCGAGAAGCCGAGGUCUGACUAUUCCUGCUCUCUCAGCAGCCGGAUUUCAUCUACCGCCUGGUAGGGGCAGUAGCGAAACUGUAAGGACGACGAAUUCCGAGCCCACUGAUGUUGCAGCGGAGGCCGGUGACCCUGGCGCAGAGGGUCGUGGGAGACGAGAUCGUGGUAGUCGUGCUUCGGUGUUACAUGAUGCGACAGCAGGCUUUUCCCGACCGGAUCCAUCCAGGAGGAAGUUCAUGUGGCUCCAUCUGCCGUUUAAUAAUCCCCACUGGGUCAAGAAAAUCUUCGAUAAGCUCUCUGAAACCCAAGGUCAGAGUUAUGCCAAGCUUCUCAGCAAUGAAAAUUGGGUCAACAAGCAUAUUCAAGGUCGCCAUACGAAUCUAUAUGCUUCGUAUGUCAAGCCGGGGUGUGCAUUCGUUCCCGGAGAAGCAGGUUCCCCACGCCCCCUAUCUCCAACCGGGUCCGAGAGAAGUCGUAGCCCAGCAAUGACCCCAACUCACCUCUACCUAUACAUGCCAUAUCUCCACUAUGACACCUACUUAAAUAUUGUGCGACGCCGUAAUAUUCUUAAACGAAGGGCGGAACAUGGCAGAGCAAGACCGGUCCCGAAAGAUAUUUCAGAACUUGAAUCGCUAGACUCGCGAGUGAUUUGGGAGUACAUCGGACACGACCCACCUCUUAAUACGCGAAGGACGCUAGAUCAAUACGGAUAUCCGGCUCUCCGAGAUACAUAUGCGCGAGACGACGAGCAGAUGCUGUAUAAGCUUACGAAAGAGAAGGCCACGCUUCCGUUUACCCAGUUCAUUCGCAAACCCGGCGCAUAUAGGAACGUAGAUGGGGCGAACCGCAAAAUGAAAGAUGACUCUAAAUUGGAGGACGAGUUACUUGACGGAAAUGUUCUGAUGGUGGAUCAAUUGUGGCUUUGGGCGGUUAAUAUGACGACGUUGACGACUUUCUUCCCGAAACGCGAAUCCCAUCCGACAGAAGGCCCUCUAUUCCAACAGGCAGAUCUAAGAAAUAGUAUCUAUAACGAGUUGAACGGAGACCUGAGUGGCCGUUGCGAUAAUGCACUGGAUCUUGCUGCUUUUGUAACGUUGCAUGCUGUCACGGUUCUGUUGGAUCGGACGUCGCACCCCGAUCUUGACAUCUUCCGCAUUUUUGAAGAGGCUCUUGGAAUACUCACUGAGAGGAUGACUUCGUCACUCAAACGAUUCCGAAUGCAGACGUUCGUAGACAAGAUGGACGACUCCGACUCCGAAGACUUCGAAGCUAGUCGAACCGAAACCAUUAAGCAGCGACAUAAGCGAGAACUAGAGCGAGCCGAACACGAAAAUCGCGAGAAUACAUCCGUUCUACUUGAGUUGCGAGAUAUGGAAGAUGAGCUUGGUACGAUGAAGAACUUGUUCUCGGAGCAAGAAAGUACAAUCACAUUGAUGAAGGAGAACUAUGAAAAACCUGAGCUACAGCAAUAUACUGAGAAUGGCCGUGGGUUCUUGGAGGAAGCGUUAAGACGACUGCAGGAAUACCAGAAACAGGUUAAUGAAAUGAUUGACCGUGUGGAUAAUACCAAGAAAGACUACGAGAAGCUUCAGGAAAUGGUGCAGCGCCAAGCACAAGUAGAUGAGGCGCGAUGGUCACGGCUACAAACGGAGCUAGCUAGCUCGCAGAACCUAUCGGUCAUGAUCUUCACGACCUUCACGGUGCUAUUCCUACCUCUUAGUUUCUUCACUAGUCUGUUCGGCAUGAACACCAAGGAAUGGGGCGGCGAAGACGACAACUUUGCUAGUCUCGGACUGAUCGGCGCCAUUUCACUCCCUGCCUCAGCCGUACUAAUCGGUGGCACACUCGCCGCGGCCUACAGCAGCCGCGUACAAGUAUUCUUCAAGGCAUCAUUCAAAUUGACGAAGAACGGGCUCCAACGAAUGGCAUCCGAAAUCGAGGAUAUAGGAUCCGAAGCCGCGCGACAGCGAAAACAAGAACGGGAACAGAAACAAGCAAGAGAAGAAGAGAUGCGUCGUCGACGCGAACGUGGAUACGACUUCUGGGAGUCUGUUAAGACGGAGCGACAUCGUGAAUAUGUUAUUCCUGAGAUGAAUCGCAAGACGGCGACGUGGAGGUCGAAUACUAAGAGUCUUGCUUCGAAGGAGAAGUUGUGA